CGCGUCACUCACGGCGAGCGCUUCCCGACCGAACGCCAGCUUCACUCCCUCCUUCGGGAGCGGUCAACUCACCUCGUCGUUUCGCUCCUUUCGUCGCUGCCACGCCACCGGUGCUGCCGCCAUGGACCCUCGACGCGUGCCGCAGGCCGACCUCGAGCGGUUUAGGGCGGAGGAGGUCCUCUACCUCCACUCCCUUUGGCGGCGCGCCCCCCCGCCCAACCGCAACCGUAACGUUGGCCCUAGUCCCGGGCCUGCCCUCCAUCCCGCCCCCGCCGCCUUCAAGAAGAAGUCGAAGCAGGAGAAGAGGGGGAAGAAGGAGAAGGCCGCUGCCGCCCGCACCGACUCCUGGCCGGAAUGGCCCUCGAUUCCCGCGCCGGACACCAACGCGGUGCCCACCACGUGGGGCGAUUUGGCGCCCCCUCAGGCCGCGGCUACCAGCAUCCCCGUUUCCGCUGAGGAUCGGGCCCGAGUAGCUGCGGCUCAAGCCCAACAUAACGGGUUGAAGGCCUCCCAGGAUUUCUUCUCCGAAGAAGACGACUCCGAUGAGGACGAGGAAGACGAUAUGGAGGAGAAUGAUGGGGCAAAGAUGGGACCUUUCAGGUUCUUUACGGAGCUAUUUGUGAAGGAUGGUGAGCUGAGGGAGUACUACGAGAAGAAUUAUGAGAAAGGGGAGUUCUCUUGCUUUGCGUGUGCAGGAAUUGGGUCGAAGAGGGUGAGGAGAUUCCGAAAUUGUAUGGGACUCGUGCAGCAUGCGAAAUCAACAUCGAACGCAAAGAGGAGGGGAGCACACCGGGCAUUGGCGAAAGCUGUGUGCCAGGUUCUUGGUUGGGACAUCAAGAGGCUUCCAAGCUUUGUUCUUGAUACGGCAGUCUCUCUCGGCCGGUCCUUGUCUGAUGCUGGCAAAACCCAGAUGCAGGACGAUGUGCAGAAAGAUGUCAUAGAGAACGAGGAAGAACUUCCUGGGGAUACGAUCCAGAAUAUAGACGCAAUUAAUGGAAACCUCACAGAGAAUAUAUUUGAGAGGGCUUCUCUCCCAUUACAAGAAUAAACAAAGGCCAUCUCAGAUUUGAUAGACCUGCUGGAGCUGGAAAGACAUGUCAAGAAACAACAGCCUCCGAGAACAUAGUCGGUGAUGUUACUUCUGGUGCUUCUUGCUUGGAGAUUGUCGAGUAUCAUCUGAGCAGAUCGAUACCUCCUUUCUUGCGUGCCGGGUGCAAUAACAUCAGGCUGUCAUGGCUGUCUUUGUUGCCACAAACAUUAGGGCUUAUAUUUGGCGCUGGAGUAGCCUGCUUCUGUGGCAAAGAAAGCUUUGUUGUGGUUUUCAUGGAACAUUGUUGCACUCUUACUAUGCUUCACUGAAUUGUGUUCUGACCAAAUAGAAAUCAGGUGGAAACACAUUAAAGCAAUAGUAUUGCACAAAGUACAUUCCAUCACUGUAUAUCUGAGGUCAAAGUUGCAGAUUUGUGCAGUCAA